CACACACACACAUCAUGUUCAUGCAUGCACUACUCCCCCCUCCCCCUUCACUGCUACUAACUAACUACAAGUCUACAAUUCUCUUUCUUUCUUUCUCUCUCUCCACCGCUGCCGCCACGCAACACCAUGGCUAAUUCCCUCCUCUCCAUUACCGCCGCCGCCGCCGUGAGUUCCCCCAUCCAACUUAUUUUCACGCUCCUCCUAGCGACAUUGGUAUCCCUCUUGACCAUAUGGAUCGUCCGAUACAACCGCCGCUACAAGGGCCUCAACCUCCCUCCUGGCCCCCCAGGUUGGCCCAUCGUGGGCAACCUCUUUCAGGUGGCGUUUUCUGGGAAGCUGUUCAUACACUACAUACGAGACCUGCGGCGCACGUACGGGCCGAUCCUGACGCUGCGCAUGGGGGUGCGCACGCUGAUCGUGGUGAGCAGCGGCGAGCUGGUGCACGAGGCGCUGGUGGUGAAGGGGACCCAGUUCGCGAGCCGGCCGGCGGAGAACACGACCCGCAACAUCUUCAGCUCGAACAAGUUCACGGUGAACUCGGCGGUGUACGGGGCGGAGUGGCGGUCCCUGCGGCGCAACAUGGUGUCGGGGAUGCUGUCGACGACGCGGCUGCGCGAGUUCCGGCCCACGCGGAACCGGGCCAUGGACCGCUUCGUGGAGCGCAUGCGCGCGGAGGCGGCGGCGUCGGCGGACGGGGCGUCGGUGUGGGUGCUCCGGAACGCGCGCUUCGCGGUGUUCUGCAUCCUGCUGGCCAUGACCUUCGGCCUGCUGGACCUGGACGAGGACCACGUCCUGCGCGUCGACGCCGUCAUGAAGCGCGUCCUCCUCUCCGUCGGCGCCCGCAUGGACGACUACCUCCCCUUCCUCCGCCCCUUGUACGCCCGCCAGCAGGCCAAGGUGCUGGCGGUGCGGCGGGAGCAGGUGGCGACGCUGCGGCCGCUGAUCGAGCGGCGGCGGGCGGCGCUCCGGGAGAGGGCGGCGACGGGCAGGUGCUCUGACGCGGGGGCGGGGGCGGCGGCGUUCUCGUACCUGGACUCGCUGCUGGAGCUGCGGGUGGAGGGGCGCGAGGGCCCGCCGACGGAGGAGGAGCUGGUGACGCUGUGCUCGGAGUUCAUCAACGGGGGCACGGACACGACGGCGACGGCCAUCGAGUGGGCGGCGGCGCGCAUCAUCGACAACCCGAGCAUCCAGGCGCGGCUGCAGGCGGAGAUCGCGGAGCGCGUGGGCGGGCAGCGGCCCGUGGACGAGCGCGACACGGAGGGCAUGCCCUACCUGCAGGCCUUCGUGAAGGAGCUGCUCCGCAAGCACCCCCCGACCUACUUCUCCCUCACCCACGCCGCCGUCCAGCUCGCCCAGCUCGGCGGCUACGACGUGCCCCCCGACGCCAACCUCGAGAUCUUCCUCCCCUCCAUAUCCGAGGACCCCAAGCUCUGGGACCGCCCCACCGACUUCGACCCCGACCGCUUCCUCACCGGCGGCGAGACCGGCGACAUGACCGGCUCCUCGGGCAUCCGGAUGAUCCCCUUCGGCGCCGGCCGCAGGAUCUGCCCCGGCCUCGGCAUGGGCACCACGCACAUCGCCCUCAUGAUCGCCCGCAUGGUCCAGGCCUUCGAGUGGCGCGCCCACCCCUCGCAGCCCCCCAUCGACUUCAAGGACAAGGUCGAGUUCACCGUCGUCAUGAACCAGCCCCUUCUCGCCAUGGUCCACCCCAGGAACUACUAGCUACCUACCUACCUACCUAUUAGUACCUGCACCAUAUAUAUUUCCUUCCUUCCUUCCUUCGUUCCUCUUCCUUCCUCUUAUUAAAAUCAAUUAAUUAAAAGAGUGUGUUAGAAGGAAAAAAAAUAAUAAUAAUUAUAUAUAUAUAUAUAUGAUAUUAGGGGCCGGGUGCGCAGGUCGACGAUGGAGGAGCUGUGCUAGAUGUGCUAGUAAAGCCGACGACGAUAUAUAGUAUAGGUGGAUCGAAGAACGGAUCGGCCGGUGUGCGUGAUUAAUUAAUUGUUUGUUGCUUUCCAAUUUGUGAUUGCUUCUGUGCGCGUCUGUCUGUGUGUUUUUAAGUCGACAACUCUGAUGUCCAAAGCAGUUCCCAAUGAAAUGCUGCUUCUUUUUUUUUUUUUUUUUUCUUUUUUUCUUUUUUUGUUAAGAAAAAGAAAACCUCUCUAUAUAUGCUCUAUGUGUUUUAAUUUUGAAAUUAAUUAACUGCUGAAGUGAUUUCACUGCUUUGAA